UCAGUUCCAGUUCGAGUUGUGUUCAGUACGACGGCAGCGUGCAACGUGCACAGUUUGGCAACGCAGAGAGGCAAAACUCACUUUGAGCAAAUAGCAAAUCAAAUGGUUGAAAAUUGAAACAGUUUUAUUUAGUGACAGUGUUUUUAAUUGAAAACCAAACAAUCCGAUCGACCUCAGUCGUCGCGUGUUUGAAUUGAGAACUGUUUACAUUGGUGAACUUAAUUAGUGUUCCGUAAAGAAAUUUAGGAAUAAAUAAAUCAGCAGCUUCUCAGAUAACCUGCAGCGGAUUUUCAAAUAAGUGGUAAAGCAUUAAUAUAGAGCAAAGGUAGCAGCAGCAGCAGCCACAAUAGCAACAACAAGCACAGCAAAUAAGGCACGCACACAUCUCGACUGCCAGACCUCUGCCCUCACGCACUUCAUCAUCGCGCAGCACCGUGCACCCAUACACCCAGCAAAGCACACACGCCCGAGCACGCGAGCACUUUAUUGAGCACACAAUGCGAAGUUGCCAUUUAAUUGCGCUGUCGAUUGGUGUUUGUGUGGCAGCACUGGCGCUAAUACCAGCCACCGUGUGCGCCACGACAGAGGUGCAGGAGACGCCAUUGGCGUUGCCCGUCGCCGAACAGACACAGCCGACCACGGCUACACCGGGCGAAAUUUGGGAGGAAGACGAUCAUGAGAUUUUGAUACGUAACGAACGCGGCACAAAGAGCGAUGGUCUCUCCUGUCGUUAUGGCAAAAAUCCAUGGACUGAAUGCGACCAGAAAACCAACACACGCUCACGAACGUUGACAUUGAAGAAGGGCGAUCCGGCAUGCGAUCAAACGCGAACCAUACAAAAGAAAUGCAAAAAAGCCUGCCGAUAUGAGAAGGGUUCCUGGUCUGAGUGUGCCACCGGUCAAAUGACACGCGCUGACAAAUUAAAGGCGACCAGCGAUCCAUCGUGCGAAGCAACACGUGUCAUCAAGAAGAAUUGCAAACCCGGCAAGUCCAAGGAUAAGAGCGCCAAGGAGCAGCGUAAGAAUAAGGAUAAAGGUGUUCGCAAAGCACGCGCCUAAUUCUUCAACAACACACUAACAACCCAGCGAACUGUUUCAAUUUGAAUUCAGAAACAAAAGCAAAAACAACAACUGAUUUCGUUGAAACAUUAUGCAAAACACAUAUAAAAACGCAUGCAACAACGCCACAAACACAAACAACAACAAAAACCAAAAUGAAUGCACAAAAGCGCAGGUUGAAGAGGAAGAGAGCAGUUCAUUUUUAGAAUCAAACAGCAACAAAAACACUACUAACUGACAGAUUUCAUACAAAGAAUCACAACAACAACAACACAACCAACUGACAAACUAUAUACAAAGCACAAGAACAACAACAAAAACUGAACUAAUUGACAGAUUUCAUACAAAGAGCCACUACAACAACUACAUAUACAACAAAACCAAGAAGUAAAACGAAUAAUAGAUAACAGUAAAAGCGAUAAACCAAGAGAUGAAAAGAAAAGCAAAAAAUAGCAAGUAAAAUAAAAUUUAAUUAAAUCAGACUUAAAAAGUUAUAUAAAAUUAAUCAACAAAUACAACAAAUACAUAGCUACAGCAAAAGUGACAUUACAAAAACAAUUAACAAAAGUGUGAACCCUUAAAAUCAAGAAAAAAAAAACAACAAAACACAAAAUUAUUUAUAGAGAUCUCCAAAAUUUGAUUACAACAAAACAAAAUAGUAAAUACUGAACAAAAACAACAACACAUUAAUAAGUUUAAAAAGUAAAUUAAAUUAAAAGACAGACUUAUAUACCAUAUAUAUAUACAUAAGUAUAUAUAUAAAUAUAUAUACAUAUAUACAUUAAGAGUUGCUAAAAAACAAGAAGAGUUGCAAUUACAUACCAAAAACAAAAACAAAAAAAUAAUUAUUAAUUAAAAAUUAUUGAAAUGAAAAUAGGAGCCAGUAAACUUAUAUACAUACAUACAUACACACAUACCGUAAAAGUAAGCAUGCAGUUAAAUGGACCCAAAUCGGCAGCCGAGACGCGACGAGACGAAACGAGAUGGACUCGAGCCACAUACACACACACUCACAUGUCGGUAUGUCGGCUCUCUGUGGCUGUGGUUUUGCAUGCAGGCGCGGCGAGUUCACAGAGCGAGCGUGAGCGAGUAAAUUUAAAUUUUAUUAAAAUUAAAAGAAAUAAAAUUAAAAUUAAAAAAUUAAAAAUUAAAAAAAUGCAAAAGCAUUUAAAUUAAGCAUUAUUACUUAUAUACAUACGAUACAUAAUGAGGUGGUAAACAACAACAAAAACAAAACAAAAUACGAAAAAUAUUGAGAGAGUAUGAAACAAAUUUAAAUUAUACAUAUUUGUUUUACACAGAAAAAAAAUUAAGAUAUUAAUUUAGAAAAAAGCCAAAUCCAAAAAUAAAAAAAAUAAAUUUUACUAUAAAAGUGAAAUGGAAGAUGAAGGCAGAAAACAAUUAAAUAUUAAACAAUUUCCAAGCAAAAAACCCAGUUUACCGAAAAUAGUGAAUAAAUUCAUAAAUACUUGCA